AUGGCCGACUAUAGAACCACCCGGGUCUAUCGAGAACGCCGCGAAAGUGAUUCUGACGACGAGCGCUUCAAAACCACCACCGUCACCCGAUACAAGGUCAACCAACCUCGAAUAGAACGAUACGACCGCACUGAAAAGUUUAUUGAGAUGGACGAGGAACGACGCUCGCGCUACUCCGGUCCCGCGGAGCGGACCAACGACUUUGUAGAGUAUGAGCGGAGAGAGCGCUAUGUCCCCGACAGGCCGCGCUCAGCCAUCGAUGUUGACGGCGACCGCACUCGUACCGUCUACUACGAGCGAGAUGUUGAACGCCGCGAGCCGGACCGUGACUGGGAGAGACGCCCCCGCCAUCAUGAAGAAGAUGUACGGGUCGAAAAGAGGGUUGAGGAACGCUUCGACGAUAACCACGGCCACGAGGUUGAGCGCUAUCGCAAGGAAACCGAGUACUACAGAGAGCCAGAGCAUUCUUCACCUGUUGUUGUGCGCCAGCGCGCCCCGGACCAGAAAAUCAUUGUCCAGGAAGCGCCCCCGCAGCAGAUAGUCAUCCCCAGACAGGACCCCAGCAUUAUCGUGCUCAGGGAGAGAGAGGGUGAUCGAGAGGUCGCCCGUGUUCCCUACGACGAAGAGUAUUACUACCGCCAUGAACGGAGAGAAGUCGGUAAGGGUGAUCGAGACCGCCGCCAGCGCCGCCGCGAUGACUACCACAGCGACGAGGAUGACUAUUACUACUCUCGUCGCACCGUUCGCCGCGAGCGCAGCCAGAGCGCGGACCACCACCACAAGCGCCACCUCGCCGAGGGUGCCCUUGCCGGCGCUGGCAUCACUGCUUUGCUUUCAAGUCGCCCCAAUGAGUACGGAGAGAUUGAUGAGCACCGUGGCAAGAAGGUUCUCGCCGGUGCUGCUCUGGGAGCUCUUGGAACCGAGGCCCUCAGGCGAGCCCACAGCGCAUACGAGGACCGCUGGGGAGAUGGCGACGAAUCCCCUGAUCGCCAUUCCGCUCUCAAAAAGGGUCUCGGCAUUGCGGCAGUUGCUCUCGCUGCGGCCGGAGCGGUCAAGUACCACCAGGCCAGCAAGGCCGAAAAGGAGGAGAGGCGUCGGGGCCGAAGCCGAAACAGAGGCCACUAUUCCUCCGGCGAUGACUACUCCUCCUCCCGCUCUCGCUCGCGCCGACCCAGCCGCAAGCGCAGCCUUUCGACCUUGGCCAAGGCCGCCGUCGGAACCGCCGCCGCCGCUGGUAUCGUCAAGCAUUUCCGCGACAAGUCAAAGUCGCGAUCCAAGUCACGACAUGGAAGCAGAUCUCGCAGCAAGUCCGUGCUUCGGCGUGGCGCUGAGCUUGCCGGCGCCGCGGCCGCUGCUGGCAUAGCCGGCAAGGUGUGGAAGGACCACCACGAUAAGAAGAAGGAGAGAGAGAGAGAGGCUUCGACCUCUCGUGGAUUCGACGACGACGAUCGUGAUUAUGAUAGGCGUGACUCUCCCAGCAGAAGCAGGAGCAGGAGUAGGAGCAGGUCGAGGGCCAGAUCCCUUUAUUCCGACGCCGCGGCUGAUCCUGGGCUAGGCUUGAUUGAGUACGGGCAUGAUCCCCUACCACCCGAUCCGCGCUCUCCCACCGGCCAAGGAUAUGAAUCCGAGGCCGAGGAGAGGCGACGAAACCGACGGAGAAGACGUGAAAGAGACCCUUCUUCUUCUUCUGGAUCCGACGAAGAGAGGAAGCGGAGCAGGAGUAAGCUACGAGACAUGGCUGCCGCAGGCGCAGCGGCAGCUGGAAUUAAAGAGUACAAGGACCGCAAGGACAAAGAGAAGAAGGCAAAAGAAGAAGAGAGGCGGGAGGAGAGAAGAGAGGAGCGGAGAGAGGAAAGGAGAGAAGAGAGAAGAGAGAGGCGCUCGAAGGAGAGGCGCUCAAGGGAGCGCGAUGAACAAGGACAACGCUUCCCCGAGGUCCCUCCAAACGGAGGUUUCUUUGAUCAAAACAGGCCGCACUCCCCCCCAACUGCCUCUGGCGGUGCCUACUAUCCCCAUCCCCCCUACCCCAUGACUCCGGGAUCGAGCACUCCCGGAAACGGCCCCCCUCCUACCAGUGUUCCGCCUCCCCCUGGCGUUCCACCUCCUGCCAGUGUUCCACCUCCACCUGGCGUUCCGCCGCCAGUUGGAGUUCCGCCGCGAGACCACAACUACACGCCGUAUACUGACCCCAACGUGCCUCCGCCUCGGGACUAUCAUCCCUACGUGCCACAAGACUAUCAUGUGUAUGCGCCCCCGCCUCCACCGGCCGGUCCUCCGCCACCCUCUGGACCGCCUCCUGCCAACUUCUCCGGAGUGCCCGGUUACGCACCGCCGCCAGCUGGUCCGCCUCCUUCGGGUCCGGCACCUCCACCCGGACCUCCUCCUGCAGGGCCACCAGUGGGCGGUGACUUCCCGCAUGAUCAACUACCGCCACCUCGCAUUGAGAUACCCCCAGUCGUGUUACCUCUUCGUAGGAGAAAGUCUGUGUCGUUUGGACCGCUUUCUCCGACGAGCUCUAAGACAAUGGAGAGGCAUAAAAAGGAGCAUGACAGCAAGUCCGAAUCAGACAGCUCCGGGUCUGAGGACGACAGGCACCGUGAGAAUCAAUUUAAGCGGUCGAGCCGCCACCGUCGACUAUCAUCUGACACAACCCACGACCGCUCUCCCAAUCGCGAUGGCGAGGGCAGACAUCGGAGACAUCAUCACUCAGAUUCAGACGACGAUGUUGAAGAUUUACCUGAUCGUUUCGACUCGCAUGGAAAACCACUGGAUGGCGGACGUCACGGCAAGAACCGCUUGGUUACGAGAAGCGGCGAGUUUCACCGUCCAGCACAGAAACCUGGCGGCUUGGAUAUCCACGGCGGAUGGCAGCUUGGCGGAACUGACCCUGAGCAAAUCGAAAAACUGGUGAGAAACGUGACAGGGGCUCUGGAGGGGCGGCGCAGCUGGGUGAGUGUGAUUGGGGAGGUGCUUGGUGGUGACAUGCUGGGACAGUUGGCGGGACCGUUGGCGGGAGUAAUUCAACAAGGUGGAGGAGCGGGAGAGGGGAGGCGCAGAGAGAUUGAGGACGACGAUGAGGAUAGGGAGAGGAGACACAAGAGACGGAGAUGAUGGGUGAUGAUUUGAUGAUGAUGACGACUCUGAUGACGAUAUAUUUCUUAUUUGUUUUGUGUCGAUGUCAUGUCUCUUCUCUUUUUUUUUUCGUUCAAAUUACGUUAUGAUUGAUGAAAUGUUUUUCCUUUUAAUUUAUAUAUUGGGUACAAGAGAUGAUGGGCAAAGUAUGGUUUUGUCUUGUUUUGUUUUUUGUCAAAUGUAUAGAAAAGAAGCGAGUGCUUAUGAUUGUCUUGAUGAAUUUUGAUGAUGUGCGGGGAUUUAAUGAGAUAGAGAUUGGAUGAAGAGAAUGGUCAUUUUUUCUUCUUCCUUUUCUUUUUUUUAAUGAAUUGCGCUUAUUUU